AUACUCUCGAUCAUUCGCCGAGCACGUAUGCUGUAAACCCUGAAAUCCCUAACAUCGGGCCAUGGAGAUCGCUUCUUCUUGUGCUGUGGGACCUUCGAUUCCCCUCCGAAUACGCUCUCUUCCAACCUGGAGCUCGGUUGCCUCCCGAGAGCCGUCUCUUCCUAUCCUUUCUCGGAGAAGAUUCUCUGGUAGAUGUGGAGCCGUUCUUUUCCGCUCUGAAUUCCAAGGCCGUUUAUUGUAUGGUUCAUUCCAGUCAAAGUCCUCAGCUCUCAAAGCAGUGGGUGAUAUGACGAUGACGCCAAGUGACUGUACUGAAGACUUGCCAUCAAACCCUAUACAGUCUAACAAUAGGACUGUAUAUGAACAGUGCCCUGAAGAUGAUGAGGAAAUAGAAGAUUGCAAAGCUGACACAGAAUACAUGGAUGACUCUAAAAUGGUCAGAGUUUGUGACAAACUAAUUGAAGUAUUCAUGGUCGAUAAGCCAACAGCAACUGAUUGGAGAAGGUUAUUAGCUUUUAGCAAGGAGUGGAGCAAUAUUCGACCUCAUUUUUAUAAGCGCUGUCAGGAAAGAGCAGAUGCUGAGAGUGAUCCAGGGAUGAAGCACAAGAUUCUUCGACUUGGUAGAAAACUGAAGGAGAUAGAUGAUGACGUGCAAAGACAUAAUGAACUUCUUGAAGCAAUUAAAGAAGCACCAUCUGAAAUAAAUACUAUUGUUGCCAGGCGCCGUAAAGAUUUCACAAAGGAAUUCUUUGUACAUCUUCAUACUGUAGCACAAUCUUAUCACGAUAGUCCAGCAGAACAAAAUGAUUUAGCAAAACUUGGAAAUGUUUGUCUAGCUGCUGUACAAGCGUAUGAUAAUGCAUCAGAAAGUAUUGAGGCUCUGAAUGCUGCCGAGUUGAAGUUACAAGAUAUUGUCAAUUCGCCUACUUUAGAUGCUGCAUGCAGAAAGAUAGAUGAUUUAGCUGAGAAGAAAGAACUUGAUUCUGCUUUGAUGUUGAUGCUUACCAAAGCUUGGUCAGCUGCCAAAGAAUCAAAUAUGAUGAAAGAUGAGGUAAAGGAUGUAUUGUAUCAUUUAUACAAGUCUGCAGUGGGUAAUCUUCAGAGACUUAUGCCAAAGGAAAUCAGGAUACUAAAAUAUCUUCUCACAAUUGAGGAUCCUGAGGAGCAAUUGGCUGCACUAAAGGAUGCUUUUACACCUGGAGAUGAACUUGAAGGAAAGGAUGUUGACUGCUUGUACACAACGCCAGAGGCAUUGCACACUUGGAUAAGGACUGUGGUGGAUGCUUACCAUUUCAGUAGAGAAGGCACACUCAUAAGGGAAGCAAGAGACUUGAUGAACCCAAAGGUCAUUCAGAAACUGGAGGAGUUAAAGAAGCUAGUCCAGAAUAAUUUCCUCUAGAUUUCACUAUUCAUGUCCCAAGCUGCAUGGUUCUAUGCAGAAAAUGGAUGAUCUUGGAUAGAAGGCAGCAUUUACAAAUUUCACUUCCCAAAGUCCUGAAAAAGCACUACUAACUUGGAAUUGACUGCUCCAAUGUCCCUAUUAUAUCUACUAACGGUCGGAUAUGUUUGUAUUUGCAAAGCUACGAAAGUCACCAUGUAUGAUAUCAGAAAAACAUUUUACAUUUCUGUGCAUUCUUUGCCUUUUAGUUCUUUGAAGUAACAAAAAAUA